UGGAAAGAGGCUGGAAACCCCACGUUUGCCACACUCCCAGAAUCUGCCAGAUUGCACAACCUGGGAAAUGAGAGGCUUCGAGGAAAAAGCCUGAUUAUCUGCAGCUGCCUCUGGCCUCGGGGAAUUUCCCCAGCCCAGUGUUUUCCCUCGCCCUGUCUUCCAUUCGUCCCUCCAGCAGAGCGUCAGUAUAUAUGUGCUGGCACACGUCGCAGGCCGGAGGCCAGGGCAGCUCAGCCUCACCAGGAGCCUCCGCGGGGAGGGACAGCCAAAGGACUCUGCAGCAGGAUGAAGCUUCUCGUGGGCAUCCUAUUGUGCUCCCUGGUCCUGGGCGUCAGCAGCCAGAGAUGGUUGACAUUCCUCAAGGAAGCGGGUCAAGGGACUAGAGACAUGUGGAGAGCCUACUCUGACAUGAGAGAAGCCAACUACAAAAAUUCAGACAAAUACUUCCAUGCCCGGGGGAACUAUGACGCUGCAAGAAGGGGCCCUGGGGGCGCCUGGGCUGCUAAAGUGAUCAGCGACGCCAGAGAGAAUUCUCAGAGAAUCACAGACCGUCUUAAGUUUGGAGACAGCGGCCACGGAGCGGAGGACUCGAAGGCUGACCAGGCUGCCAACAAAUGGGGCCGGAGUGGCAAAGACCCCAACCACUUCCGACCUGCUGGCCUGCCCAGCAAAUACUGAGCUUCCUCUUCACUCUGCCCUGGGGAGCCGGGCUCUGAGCCCCCUGAGGGCAGGGACACCCACUCGUUGAGAUCUCUGGCCACAUAGGCUGGGGAGGGCACCUAAGAGGUGUCUAAUAAAUGCUUAAGAGAUGGACUCUU